UAGCUUGCUAAAAAAAUCAAUAUAUAUAGGCGAUUUUAGCGUUGGCUAAUUCGCUUAGUCUCGUAGGGAGGAGCCUAUAAAACGUAGCUAGUUUCAUAAACAUACUUGUUGGAAUUCUGAAAUGAAUUAGAAUAAAUGCCCAAACUAUAAAACUAGCUAGCCAGCUAUGGGUAAAUGUAGCUAGCUAGCUAGCUACCUGACAGGAGUGCUAGCUAGCUACGUUCGCUUGCUAGGUACAGUAAUAGCGUUAGGUUGGUUGUUUUUAAGCUCAACUUCAAGAUUUCCACCAAGGAGGUUGCCUCUCCGAUCAUCACUCUCACUCGCUUGGGCAAGGGACAUUUAAGCACAGGCCUACUCUAGUAAGUAAUGGAGAUUCCAGUAUUCACUGUUGAUGCGUUUACCAACAUACCUUUCAAAGGAAAUCCUGCAGCAGUUUGUCUGCUUUUACAUGAAUUGCAGGAUGAUAUGUACCAGAACAUUGCUGCUGAGAUGAACCUGUCAGAGACUGCCUUCAUCAUACCGCUGAAUUCAAAAGAUGACUUCAGCUCAGGCGCACGCUUCAGUUUGCGUUGGUUCACCCCCACCACUGAGGUUCCUCUGUGUGGACAUGCCACCCUGGCUUCAGCUGCAGUACUGUUUAACAAAAAAAAAAAUGUCAACUCAACAGUGGUAUUUGAGACAUUGAGUGGCGAGCUGUAUGUGCGACAACAGGGGGAAUCUAUAGUGAUGGAUUUCCCCCUGAACAAACCUACUCCUCUGCAGGGUCUCAAUGAAUUUAAAGACAUAGUUAAAGCUGCUGUGGGAGACCAGCCAGUUCAAGAAGUGUGCCUCUGUGGCACCACCAAAAUGCUAAUGGUGCGCCUUGCUGACAGUUGUGACAGGUCAGUGCUCACGUCCCUGCAGCCAGACCCAGCAGUUCUGCUCCGUGUAGACACUGGCGGGAGGGUUAGGUGUCUGCUUGUCACCGUGAUCGGAGACCCUGGCUGUCAGCCUGGCUAUGACUUCUACUCCAGAAACUUUUUUCCCUGGUUCGGGGUUCCUGAGGACCCUGUGACUGGCUCUGCGCAUACUGUCCUUGCAGGCUACUGGUCAGAGAAACUUGGCAAGAAAAAGAUGCUGGCCUAUCAGUGCUCUAGCCGUGGUGGGGAGCUGGAGCUUGAGCUAAAGGAUGAUGGCAGGCUGAAUAUCGCUGGCCAGGCAGUAACAGUCCUGCAGGGGAUUCUCACUGUGUAGAAACUAUACUGUUCACUCAGACCUAGGCAUGUAUACAAUAGGAGCGUAGCAAUUCAAUAAAAAAAACUCUGUCUACAGAUUA